AUGAAAGAUUUGCAUAAUAGAGUUGAUGAGGAACAUAAGGAAAUGUAUAUCGAUGGGGAUGGUCAAGGUGCUAUUAGUUUCAUGAAUUUGAAGGCUUUAAAGGACCCCGAUUUCUACUGCUUGUUUAUUGUUGAUGUGGAGGCAAGCUUUGUAAUUUGUUUUGGAGAGACACAAGAUAAGACGGAGGAUACUUACAAUUUGGUCCUAAUAGCAUUCUUAGAUUCAAUGAAAGGCAAAAGACCAAUAUAUGUUAUCACCGAUAGGGACGAGGCAAUGCGAAAUGCAGUUAACCGACUAAUUCCUAAAGCCCAACAUCAAUUGUCUGCAUGGCACAUUGCAAAGAAUGUUGUUAAGAAUGUGGGGAACAUUGAUGUCCAUAGAGACUUUUGUCACUUCAUUUUUGCUGGAUUUAGUGUGGAAGAUUGGAAAAAAUUAUGGCAUUACACGGUGGCAAUACAUGGGCUACAAGAUAACUGUUGGGUCUCUUCAAUGUGCAGCAAGCAGGACAGAUGGGCGGAGGCAUAUUUUAGGAGUCACUUUUUUGGUGUUGAACAGAUGAGAUACAAUAAUUUGUAUGAUGAUUUCAAAUCAAUGAACUCUGAUCCUCUUAUUGGUAGAAAUAUGCGGUGUCUUCAAGAGCAGGUUGGCGCAAAGUUCACACAUGACAUUUUCCUCCUUAUCAAGGACCAGAUAAUGUUUGAGUCAAAGUUUGUUGUGGCUGAUCAUUUAGACUAUGAGAAUAGAUCAUCUACUUUAUUUGUGAUCACUCAAUAUGGAAAAUCGGAAAGAACAUGGCAUGUUACCUACCUACAUGGCAGGCCAUGCAUUUACUUCAAGUGUUCAUGUCAACUUUUUGAGUCCGAUGGAAUACCUCGCUGCCACAUCUUCACGGUCAUGAAAACCAAAUUGUUGACCAAUUUUCCUGAGUCUUUGGUGACCCAGAGGUGGAGAAAUGAGGCAUCUCCUGAGAAGACCCAUUUGAUAAGAAAAAGCGAUAACGUUUCAUCAGUUGAUAUCCAGCUUGCAAGAUAUGGACAAAUGAUGUCUGAUUCUUCGCGCAUUUGUCACUCGACCUCCUAA